AUGGAACUGAGCAAAUUGGACAAAGCGAUGCUGUUCAAGAUACCAACAGAACAGGACAUUGCUCGAAUUCAGAUUACAGCAUCACAGCAGCUUCAACAAAAUGCCGACGGAGGCGUUUUAAGGUGA